CGUCAUGGCGCAGUGGUGUCCGUGCGCCUCCCCCUCGGAGCGCCUGGUGUUGGGGGCACACCCGCCGCGAGCUCGGUUCCUGAUUGAAACGAGAUGCGCCCUUGCGCGGGUGCGGGUGCCGCUUUGUGUUGUGCACACAAGACACCGUUUACAUUAAACGGAGAGCACGUGGCGGCGGCGGCGUCGCUGGAUGCGGUUUAAGCGCGUAAUUACGCACGGAGAGCCACUGACGCUCGGCCGGGACUCCACCAUUAUCAGCCACUUGUGACCGCGCGCGCGUGUGUACGUGUGUGUGUGUGUGUGUGUGUUUUGGGAGUGGCCUCUCUGUGAACCCCCCCACCCCCCCACAUACACACACACACGUUUUGUCUUCUUCUUGUGUAUCUCCGUCCACUUCCAGAGUUGUGCGCCACAGACCCGCGGAUGCCGCGUGAACGCUCCACCGCUCGGCCGCCGCCGGUGACGACUCCCGGACACGACGCGCAGGUUCAUUGAGGGGAGCGCGAACAGAACCCGGCGACGUUAACACUCGGAUGAGCACGUCCUCGCUUCAUGACGCAGCCACCGCGACUUGUGUCAAGUUUGCGAUGCGGGAAUAAGUGAAGUGAGCCACACAGAGUGAACCCCGUCUCUCCUGCAGAUGGCUGGUCGUGCAGCUCACACUUGUGGAAUACUCCAGGAUUGCAGCAGAAAGACUUCUCUGCCCCUCGGGGACUAGGAGCCGUGUUGCGGGGGACCCGUCCUCUCCGAGAAACAAACCUUUGACACACUCCCGCUGAGAUGGAUACGUUGUACAUCUCGAUUGAAGUAGCAAUUGCUGUUCUCUCCAUAUCCGGCAACGUGCUGGUUUGCUGGGCUGUCGCCAUCAACACCACUCUGAAGAACGCCACCAACUACUUUCUGGUGUCUCUGGCCGUGGCCGACAUCCUGGUCGGUUGCCUCGCCAUCCCCUUCGCCAUAACCAUCAGCGUCGGCAUCCACCUGGACUUCUACGGGUGCCUCUUCCUGGCCUGCUUCGUGUUGGUGCUGACGCAGAGCUCCAUCUUCAGUCUUCUGGCCAUCGCCAUCGACAGAUAUCUGGCGGUCAAGAUCCCUCUGAGGUACAAGGAGUUGAUGACAGGAAAGACUGCCAGAGAGAUCAUCGCCGUUUUAUGGAUCUUCUCCUUUGUUAUCGGCCUCAUCCCGUUCUUCGGCUGGAACCUGAAGUACUCCAGCUGUGGGAACAGCAGCUCCCGGGCGGACAACGCCACAGACGGAGGAGGAGACUUGCUACAGAGCUGCAAGCUCAAGUGCUUCUUUGAGAGCGUGGUGGACAUGCACUACAUGGUCUACUUUAACUUCUUCGUCUGCGUGCUGUUGCCCCUGCUCAUCAUGCUGGGCAUCUACCUGAAGAUCUUCAACGUGGCCAGGAAGCAGCUGAGGAAGAUCGAGCUCAAGUGCGUGGGGAACGGCGACAGCCACCACCACGGCCUGCUGCAGAAGGAAAUCCGGGCGGCCAAAUCGCUCUCCAUUAUCGUGGGACUGUUCGCCGUCUGCUGGCUGCCCGUCCACAUCCUCAACUGCCUCACGCUGUUUUACAGGGAGCUGAAGAAGCCCGACAUCGUCAUGUACGUGGCCAUUAUUCUGUCUCACGCCAACUCGGCGGUCAACCCCAUCAUCUACGCUUACCGCAUCCAGGACUUCAGGAGCACCUUCCGCAAGAUCCUGGCCCAAAACUUCCUGUGCCGCCGGGAGGAGCAGUACCUCAGCUCCAACGGCAGCAGACGCAACAGAGACCAAAUCCACAUGACCGUCGACCCUCUGCUAUAGAGUCGCGCCGAGGCAGAGCAUCACCUGUGUCAACUGUGUUUCAGCCUCUGAAUUUUUUUUUAUUUACUGAGGUUUAUCAUGUUUACAGUACAAGGGUGUGAGAGGCGGAGAUGAACAGAUGUCAAACGCGCCUUGAAUGUGGACAUUUAUUUAUGAAUUGUGCCAAGUAUCAGGGGUCAAGCAGUGAAUUGUUGAAUGGUGAGUCUUAGUAACUUUUGUAUUGUGAAGGAUUUUUUUUUUAAAAACUUAGUUAACUGGAUGUGCAGGACUGUGAACAGGAACCACACUUAAAAAAUGCUGUUUGUCAUUCUGAAUCCACCGUUUCCACUCCAAACACGUUUGAGUUAUUUUGCCCUGCUAUUUUAUAUUGUCAAUAUUCAGCACCAGUGUUUAAUAAUUUAUUUAUUACAAAACCUUGUCUUUGAGAAUGUAAAGAUUUAAAAGAUUUGUGUGGCUGAAUCUGCACUUGUGGACCGAAGGAAGGUACAACAUUGGUCAUCUAUAUCCAACAUUCAUGCUCAUAUCACAGGCUCAAUAUACAGAAAGUGUUUUUUAGGUCUUAGGAGCGUAAACUAUGGUAUUGUUCAUAUCAUAUAUAUACACAUACCUUUGUGUGGCAGAGACGUUCUUGAGCUGGUGCUGCUGCUAAACGCCAGUGUCCACAAAAACGUGUGUGCAGGCGGAGUGACGCAGGAACUCUCCUGCAUGUGGAAAAUUGCCAGUAACUAAAUGAAAAUGAGGACUAAUGCAAGCAAAAACAAGAAACACAGAAAUGCUUUUUCUCAUCCCAUGAAUCAUCUCUCGUGGCCACAGGGGUCACACAUUUUUACCGUGACCCCUGUGGCCACGAUCCAGAGGAGGGGUUUUUUCUGCGGCUCCGGGACAAACGGCACGAUCUGAUUUCAGUCACGCAGACCAGAGACCAGGAGUUGUCCAGUAAAACACACCUGCAGUGGCGCUGCAUAUCAAUUUCCACGUUUCUUAAGA